AUGGCGGUGACCUUCAGGGUACAGCCUGGAGAGGCCCGACUCCUCAUCUGGGCCCCACCAGUGCCCUGCAUCCUAGGCCCUGGUUCCCAGGCACCCAGCCUCAGGAGGCUGCGGGUGAGCCUGACACCCCCGCCCAUCAGCGAGGGCUGGGCUGAGUGCGAGGUCGGCGGCCCGCGGCAGCGCAAGCCGGCGGAGGCAGAGCGCUGCGCCCGCCGGCUCCCCGGCCGCCCGCGCGCCGGAGCCGAGACCCGCGACCGGACGCGACGGGCCGCCGCUGGCCCGCACCGCCCCGCCGCCGCGAUGUGCGACUGUUUCCACAUGGUGCUGCCCGCCUGGCCCGGAGCCCCCGGCAGCGGUGCUGGUGCUGCAUUACCCCACCAGGGAGAGCUCUCCCUCCAGCCCAAAGUGUCCACGGCAGGAGCGGGCAGCAAGGAGGAGGCCGCGGAGGCCAUCCUGGGAAGGGCCCCCUCGAAGGUCAGGGGCGCUUUCUGCCGAGAGUCUGGGCGUAGCUCCCGUGUGGGGCCUGCUACCCUCAGCGGUCCCCAGAGCCCCCAGCCUGCAGCCGCCUCGCUGAUCCUGGCCUGGGUGCAGCCGUCCCACCACCACCUUCCCAGGGCUGGGCCUGACCCCUCGCUGCCCUGGAACCCCAGGCUGGCUUCCUCAGCUGUGCGGGCCUGCUCCAACCUGCUUGAACGGCUGCGGCUGGCGGCGGAGUUCUGGGCGAGACCCAGUGUCCAGGAUGGGGUGAUGUGUGCACCAGCACGGUACACGGACGGACUUCGUCUGGGCCCGGCCCCCCGGAUCCGCCGUCUGGUCUCCCGCCUGCACGGCUCCGCUGACUCAGCCUCUCUCUUUGCAGUAUCUGGCCGGCAGCUGCAGCCUGAGGAGCCGGACGCAGACACAGAAGAGGACCACUCUGUAACGGAAGGGCCCGCGGACGAGAUCAUUCGGCCACGGCCACAGGGGUCCUCCCCUGUGUAUGAAUACGCUGCGGAGGGUGCUAGCUCUGGACUCCCGGAGGACACACCGAGGCGGCGGGCUUCCUCGGGCUCUGGGGGACGGAGAUCCUGGUGGAAGCGAGAUUCAGGGGACUCCCGGACAUUCUCCAGGAUGAGUUGUCCGCAGUCCAUGCAGGAGGCGACAGAGGUGACGCUGAUGACCGAGGCGGAAGCUGGAGCCAGCGGCUACAGCGUCACAGGUGGUGGGGACCAGGGGAUUUUUGUGAAACAAGUCCUGAAGGACUCAUCAGCUGCCAAGCUCUUCAGCCUGAAAGAAGGGGAUCAGCUGCUCAGCGCAACCAUAUUCUUUGACAACAUUAAAUAUGAAGACGCUCUCAAAAUUCUUCAGUACUCAGAGCCUUACAAGGUGCAGUUCCAAGUCAAACGGAAACGUCCUGCCACAGAGGACGAGGAAGGGGCCGCCAGGGGGGCUCAGGAUGGCCCGAAGGGCAGUGAGAAGCAGGACAAAGAUGUGGCUGAUGGCUCCACAGAGACCCCCACACAGAUCCUGGAAGGGGGAGGAGACCAGGAGAGACUGCUCGCCAAGCCCAGGGAGGGCAGACGCAGGCGGCCCCAAAAAGAGAGGCUGUCCUGGCCCAAAUUCCAGUCAAUAACGAGCAAGCACAUGCCGGGACCGCGGAGGUCACACAGCUCCUCAGAGGCCUACGGGCGGGGAGAUGCACCUGACGUGUCCCCCACGAGCACAGACACGGAGGCCCAGCUCCCAGCAGAGGAUCAGGAGCAGAAGGCAGGACCGGACGGCCAGCGGAGAAGGAGGUUCCUGAACCUCAGGUUCAGGAUGGGCUCAGGGAAGGGUCCGACGCUGGAGGGGCGACCAAGCAGAGAGGUCCAAGGUGGAGCUCUCCAGGCCGGGGUCGUGGAGGAGGCCGGAUCCUGUGAGGACAGACGAGAGGCCCCCGAGGCCACCGUGCAAAGCAGGGGAGAGGACGGGAUGGCAGAGGUACCAGCGGGGACACCCAUAGAGCCUGGAGCCCCCAGCCGGGGAGCCCUGGGGGAAGGGGCCAGCGUGGCGUCUAGGCGCCGAAAAGAAACAAAGGAGGUGAAAGACCCGGAGGACGCUGUGUCAGAGGGGAAGCCUGGGGUGAGCUCAGCCCCACAAGGCAGGGAGGGCCUCGGGGAGGUGGCUCAGGGCAUGGAAAUUGGGAUUGCCGGAUCGGCUCUGCAAGGCAAAGGAGACGCACAGGGCCACCAACCAGAAUUCCAAAUCCAAAUACCCAGUUUAAAAACACCCGUGUUUAAAUUUUCCAAAGAAAGAAAGCAAGACACAGAAGGAGGCACAGCACCGCUGGUCCAGGAGGACGGGCAGGGAGGGACCGCGGCACAGGAGACCCGCCCCGCGGGGGAGGGGGUGCCAGGACCUCAGCUGGCGGCACCCCAGAAGCCCAAAGCGCACCUGCCAGAGCAGGAAGAAGGAGGAGCAGGGGGCGCUGAGGAAGGUCACAGGGGAAGAGGGAAGAAGGAUGGGGACAAAGACAGAGGAGGGAGGGAGGAGAGGUGGACAGUGCUCAAGUUCAACAUGCCCUCCUUCACAUGGUCGCCCAGGAAGGACGCGAGAGCAGCCGCGGAGAAGCCCGUCCUGGCCUCGGACCAGGAAACAGGAAGCACUGUGACAGUGAGGUCACUACAGGCAGAAGACAAAGAAAUACUAGAAGAGAAAGAAGAAGAACGAGACACGAGAGGGGGACAGCCACCAGGACCAGAGGAACAAAGACUGGAGCUUGAGAGGAAACAAGGGGACCUGUCCCUGGGAGACCAGGAGGUGGCCGCCACAGACAGCAAGUUCAAGAUGCCCAAGUUCAAGAUGCCGUCCUUCGGCGCGUCAGCGCCAAGCAAGGAUUUGGGAACAUCUGUGGACGUGUCAGUGCCCAGGGUCAGAGCCGAGGCCACACUGCCCUCCCUGGGAGGCGAGGUGAGAGCCCCAGAGGGUGCCGUCCAAGUGCCCACUGCUGAUAUCGACUUGCCAGGGGGAGAGCUGGAGGUGUCCCUCCCCGAGGGAGAGGUGGCUGUGUCCGGGCUGGAGGGCAAAGCAGAAGGGGUCAAGAUCAAGGGCCAGCUGCCCAAAGUGCAGAUGCCCAGCCUGAAGAUGGCCAAGGAGGACAUCAAGGCCCCCCAGGUGGAUAUCAAGGGGCCCAAAGUGGACCUGAAGGGCGCCAAAGGGGAAGUGAGUGUCCCCGACAUGGAGGUGUUGCUACCCACCGUGGAGGUGGAUGCACAGGUGCCCGGUGCCAAGGUGGAGGCUGCCCUGUCCCUGGGAGACAAGGAGGUAGCUGCCAGAGACAGCAAGUUCAAGAUGCCCAAGUUCAAGAUGCCUUCCUUCAGCAUGUCAGUGCCAAGCAAGGAUUUGGGAACAUCCGUGGACGUGGAAGUGUCAGUGCCCAAGGUCAGAGCCGAGGCCACACAGCCCUCUCUGGGAAGGGAGGUGCGAGCCCCAGAGGGUGCCAUCCAAGUGCCCACUGCUGAUAUCGACCUCCCUGGGGAGGAGCUGGAGGUGUCCGUCCCUGAAGGAGAGGUGGCUGUGACCGGGCCAAAGGGCAAAGCCGAAGGGGUCAAGAUCAAGGGCCAGCUGCCCAAAGUGCAGAUGCCGAGCCUCAAGAUGCCCAAGGUGGACAUCAAGGCCCCCCAGGUGGACAUCAAGGGGCCCAAACUGGACCUGAAGGGCACCAAAGGGGAGGUGAGCGCCCCCGACAUGGAGGUGUCCCUACCCAGCGUGGAGGUGGACACCCAGGUGUCCGGCGCAAAGGUGGAGGCUGACCUGUCACUGGAAGUCAAGGACGUGGCUGCCAGAGACAGCAAGUUCAAGAUGCCCAAGUUCAAGAUGCCGUCCUUUGGCACGUCGGCACCAAGCAAGUCCUUGGAAGCCUCUGUGGAUGUGUCCCUGCCCAAGGUACAGGCUGAGGUUUCCAUGCCCUCUAUCCAGGCCGACAUCAAGACCAGUGACGUGACCAUUGAGCUGCCAUCUGCCGACCUAGACGUCAAGACUGCCUCGGUGGGCCUGAAGCUCCCUGAGGGCCAAGAGCCUGAGGGGAAGCUCCAGGAACCCUCAGCCUCAGCCGGACUCAAAGGGCACCUACCCAAGGUGCAGAUGCCCAGCAUCAAAAUGCCCAAAGUGGACAUCAAGGCCCCCCAGGUGGACAUCAAGGGGCCCAAACUGGACCUGAAGGGCGUCAAAGGGGAGGUGAGUGCCCCUGACGGGGAGGUGUCUCUUCCCAGCAUGGAGGUGGACUCCCAGGUUCCCGAUGCCAAGGUGGAGGCUGACCUGUCUGUGGGAGAAAAGGAGGUGGCUGCCAGAGACAGCAAGUUCAAGAUGCCCAAGUUCAAGAUGCCGUCCUUUGGCGCAUCAGGACUAAGCAAGUCCUUGGAAGCCUCUGUGGAUGCGUCCCUGCCCAAGGUACAGGCUGAGGUUUCCAUGCCCUCUAUCCAGGCCGACGUCAAGACCAGUGACGUGACCUUUGAGUUGCCAUCAGCCGACCUAGACAUCAAGACUGUCUCGGUGGGCCUGAAGCUCCCUGAGAGCCAAGAUCCCAAGGGGGAGCUCCAGGAACGCUCAGCCGCAGGCGGACUCAAAGGACACCUGCCCAAGGUGCAGAUGCCCAGUAUCAAAAUGCCUAAAGUGGACUUCAAGGACCCCCAGAUGGACAUCAAGGGGCCCAAACUGGACCUGAAGGCUGCCAAAGGAGAGGUGAGCGCCCCCGACAUGGAGAUGUCCCUACCCACCAUGGAGGUGGAUGCCCAGGUUCCUGAGGCCAAGCUGGAAGCGGACCUGUCCAUGGGAGACAAGGAGGUGGCCGCCAGAGAGAGCAAGUUUAAGAUGCCCAAAUUCAAGAUGCCGUCCUUCGGCGUGUCAGUGCCAAGCAAGGAUUUGGGAACAUCCGUGGACAUGUUGGUGCCCAAGGUUGGAGCCGAGGCCACACUGCCCUCCCUGGGAGGGGAGGUGCGAGCCCCAGAGGGUGCUGUCCAAGUGGCCACUGCUGUUAUCGACCUCCCAGGGGGAGAGUUGGAGGUGUCCCUCCCCAAGGGAGAGGUGGCUGUGUCUGGGCUGAAGGGCAAAUCAGAAGGGGUCAAGAUCAAGGGUCAGCUGCCCAAAAUGCAGAUGCCCAGCCUGAAGAUGCCCACGGUGGACAUCAAAGCCCCCCAGGUGGAUAUCAAGGCCCACCAGGUGGACAUCAAGGGGCCCGAACUGGACCUGAAGGGCGCCAAAGGGGAGGUGAGCGUCCCCGACAUGGAGGUAUUCCUGCCCAGCGUGGAGGUGGAUGCCCAGGUGCCUGGCGCCAAAGUGGAGGCUGACCUGUCCCUGAGAGACAAGGAGGUGGCCACCAGAGACAGCAAGUUCAAGAUGCCCAAGUUCAAGAUGCCAUCCUUCGGUGCAUCGGUGCCAAGCAAGUCCAUGGAAGCCUCUGUGGAUGCGUCCCUGCCCAAGGUCCAGGCUGAGGUUUCCAUGCCCUCUAUCCAGGCUGACGUCAAGACCAGUGACGUGACCAUUGAGCUGCCAUCUGCCCACCUAGAGGUCAAGACUGCCUCGGUGGGCCUGAAGCUCCCUGAGGAGCAAGUGCCUGAGGGGGAGCGCCAGGAAACCUCGGUCGCAGGCGGACUCAAAGGGCAUCUGCCCAUGGUGCAGAUACCCAGUAUCAAAAUGUCCAAAGUGGACUUCAAGGCCCCCCAGGUGGACAUCAGGGGGCCCAAACUGGACCUGAAGGGCACCAAAGGGGAGGUGAGCGCCCCCGACAUGGAGGUGUCCCUACCCACCGUGGAGCUGGAUGCCCAGGUGCCCAGCACCAAGGUGGAGGCUGACCUGACCUUGGGAGACAAAGAGGUUGCCUCCAGAGACAGCAAGUUCAAGAUGCCCAAGUUGAAGAUGCCGUCCUUUGGUGUGUCGGCGCCAAGCAAGGAUUUGGGAACAUCCAUGGAUGUGGAAGUGUCACUGCCCAAGGUCAGAGCUGAGGCCUCACUGCCCUCCCUGGGAAGGGAGGUUCAAGCGCCAGAGGGUGCCGUCCAACUGCCCACUGCUGACAUCGACCUCCCGGGGGAAGAGAUGGAGGUGUCCCUCCCCGAGGGAGAGGUGGCUGUGUCCGGGCUGAAGGACAAAGCAGAAGGGGUCAAGAUCAAGGCCCAGCUGCCCAAAGUGCAGAUGCCCAGCCUCAAGAUGCCCAAGGUGGAUAUCAAGGCCCCCCAGGUGGAUAUCAAGUGCCCCCAGUUGGACAUCAAGGGGCCCAAACUGGACCUGAAAGGCGCCAAAGGGGAGGUGAGUGCCCCUGAUGUGGAGGUGUCCCUGCCCAGGGUGGAGGUGGAUGCCCAGAUGCCCGGUGCCAAGGUGGAGGCUGAUCUGUCCCUGGGAGACAAGGAGGUGGCCUCCAGAGACAGCAAGUUCAAGAUGCCCAAGUUCAAGAUGCCGUCCUUCGGCGCGUCGGCACCAAGCAAGGAUCUGGGUACAUGCAUGGACGUGUCGGUGCCCAAGGUCGGAGCCGAGGCCACACUGCCCUCUCUGGGAGGGAAGGUACAAGCCCCAGAGGAUGCCGUCCAAGUGGCCACUGCUGAUAUCGACCUCCCAGGAGGAGAGCUGGAGGUGUCCCUCCCCAAGGGAGAAGUGGCUGUGUCCGGGCUGAAGGGCCAAGCAGAAGUGGUCAAGAUCAAGGGCCACCUGCCCAAAGUGCACAUGCCCAGCCUAAAGAUACCCACGGUGGACAUCAAGGCCCCCCAGGUGGACAUCAAGGGGCCCAAACUGGACCUGAAGGGCACCAAAGGGGAGGUGAGCGCCCCCGAAGUGGAGGUGUCCCUACCCACCGUGGAGGUGGAUGCCCAGGUGCCCAGCGCCAAGGGGGAGGCUGAACUGUCCAUGGGAGACAAGGACGUGGCCGCCCGAGACAGCAAGUUCAAGAUGCCCAAGUUCAAGAUGCCGUCCUUUGGCACGUCGGCGCCAAGCAAGUCCUUGGAGGCCUCUGUGGAUCCGUCCCUGCCAAAGGUACAGGCUGAGGUUUCCAUGCCCUCCAUCCAGGCUGACGUCAAGACCAGUGACGUGACCAUUGAGCUGCCAUCUGCCGACCUAGAUGUCAAGACUGCCUCGGUGGACCUGAAGCUCCCUGAAGGACAAGUGCCCGAGGGGGAGCUCCAGGAACCCUCGGCCGCAGGCGGACUCAAAGGGCACCUGCCCAAGGGGCAGAUGCCCAGCAUCAAAAUGCCCAAAGUGGAUAUCAAGGCCCCCCAGGUGGACAUCAAGGGGCCCAAACUGGACCUGAAAGGGGCCAAGGGGGAGGUGAGCACCCCCGACGUGGAGAUGUCCCUGCCCAGCGUGGAGGUGGACGCCCAGGUGCCCGGUUCCAAGGAGGAGGCUGACCAGUCCCUGGGAGACAAGGAGGUAGCCGCCAGAGACAGCAAGUUCAAGAUGCCGAAGUUCAAGAUGCCGUCCUUCAGCACGGCGGCGCCAAGCAAGGAUUUGGGAAUAUCCGUGGACGUGUCAGUGCCCAAGGUCGGAACUGAAGCCACCCUGCCCUCCCUGGGAGGGGAGGUGCGAGCCCCCGAGCGUGCCGUCCAAGUGGCCACUGCUGAUAUCGACCUCCCAGGUGGAGAGCUGGAGGUGUCCCUUCCCGAGGGAGUGGUGGCUGUGUCCGGGCUGAAGGGCAAAGCAGAAGGGGUCAAGAUCAAGGGUCAGCUGCCCAAAAUGCAGAUGCCCAGCCUGAAGAUACCCACAGUGGACAUCAAGGUCCCCCAGGUGGACAUCAAGGCCCCCCAGGUGGACAUCAAGGGGCCCAAACUGGACCUGAAGGGUGCCAAAGGGGAGGUGAGUGCCCCCGACAUGGAGGUGUCCCUGCCCAGCGUGGAGGUGGACGCCCACGUUCCCGACGCCAAGCUGGAGGCUGACCAGUCCCUGGGAGACAAGGAGGUGGCCGCCAGAGACAGCAAGUUCAAGAUGCCCAAGUUCAAGAUACCGUCUUUUGGCGCGUCGGUGCCAAGCGAGUCCUUGGAAGUGUCUGUGGACCCAUCCCUGCCCAAGGUACAGGCUGAGAUUUCCAUGCCCUCUAUCCAGGCCGACGUCAAGACCAGUGAAGGAACCUUUGAGCGGCCAUCUGCCGACCUAGACGUCAAGACUGGGUUGGUGGGCCUGAAGAUCCCUGAGGGCCAAGUGCCCGAGGGGGAGCUCCAGGAACCCUCAGCCGCAGGCAGACUCAAAGGGCACCUACCCAAGGUGCAGAUGCCCAGCGUCAAAAUGCCCAAAGUGGACUUCAAGGCCCCCCAGGUGGACAUCAGGGGGCCCAAACUGGACCUGAAGGGCGCCAAAGGGGAGGUGAGCACCCCUGACAAGGAGGCGUCCCUACCUGCUGUGGAGGUGGACGCCCAGGUGCCGAGCACAAAGGGGGAGGCUGACCUGUCCGUGGGAGACAAGGAGGUGGCCACCAGAGACAGCAAGAUCAAGAUGCCCAAGUUCAAGAUGCCUUCCUUCGGCGUGUCAGUGCCAAGCAAGGAUUUGGGAACAUCUAUGGACGUGGAUGUGUCACUGCCCAAUGACAGAGCCGAAGCCACACUACCCUCCCUGGGAAGGGAGGUGCGAGCCUCAGAGGGUGCCAUCCAAGUGCCCACUGUUGAUAUCGACCUCCCGGGGGGAGAGCUGGAGGUGUCUGUCCCUGAGGGAGAGGUGGCUGUGACCGGGCCAAAGGGCAAAGCAGAAGGGGUCAAGAUCAAGGGCCAGCUGCCCAAAGUGCAGAUGCCGAGCCUCAAGAUGCCCAAGGUGGACAUCAAGGCCCCCCAGGUGGAUAUCAAGGGGCCCAAACUGGACCUGAAAUGUGCCAAAGUGGAGGUUAGCACCCCCGAUGUGGAGGUGUCCCUGCCCAGCAUGGAGGUGGACGCCCAGGUUCCUGGUGCCAAGGUGGAGGCUGACCUGUCCCUGGGAGACAAGGAGGUGGCCGCCAGAGACAGCAAGUUCAAGAUGCCCAAGUUCAAGAUGCCAUCCUUCAGCUCAUCGGCGCCAAGCAAGGAUUUGAGAACAUCCGUGGAUAUGUCAGGGCCCAAGGUUGGAGUCGAGGCCACCCUGCCCUCCCUGGGAAGGGAGGUGUUAGCCCCAGAAGGUGACGUCCUAGUGCCCACUGCUGAUAUCGACCUACCGGGGAGUGAGCUGGAGGUGUCCCUCCCCGAGGGAGAAGUGGCUGUGUCUGGGCUGAAGGGCAAAGCAGAAAGGGUUAAUAUCGAGGGUCAGCUGCCCAGUGUGCAGAUGCCCAGCCUGAAGAUGCCUACGGUGGACAUCAGGGCCCACAAGGUGGACAUCAAGGCUCCCCAAGUGGACAUUAAGGGGCCCAAACUGGACCUUAAGGGUGCAAAAGAGGAGGUGAGAGCCCCCGACGUGGAAGUGUCCCUGCUGAGCUUGGAGGUGGACGCCCAGGUACCCAAAGCCAAGCUGGAGGCUGACCUGUCACCGGAAGAUAAGGAGGUGGCCACCAGAGACAGCAAGUUCAAGAUGCCCAAGUUCAAGAUGCCGUCCUUCGGUGCGUCAGUACCAAGGAAGUCCGUGGAAGCUUCUGUGGAUGUGUCCCUGCCCAAGGUCCAGGCUGAGGUUUCCAUGUUCUCUAUCCAGGCUGACGUCAAGACCAGUGACAUGACCAUUGAGCUGCCAUCUGCCGACCUAGACAUCAAGACUGCCUCGGUGGGCCGGAAGCACCCUGAGGACCAAGUGUCUGAGAAGGAGCUCAAGGAACCCUCAGCCACAGGCAGACUCAAAGGGCACCUGCCCAAGGUGCAGAUGCCCAGCAUCAAAAUGCCCAAAGUGGACUCCAAAGCCCCCCAGGAGGACAUCAAGGGGCCCAAACUGGACCUGAAGGGCACCAAAGGGGAGGUGAGUGUCCCCGACAUGGAGAUGUCCCUACCCACCAUGGAGGUGGAUGUCCAGGUGCCCAGCGCGAAGGUAGAGGCUGACCUGUCUGUGGGAGACAAGGAGGUGGCCACCAGAGACAGCAAGUUCAAGAUGCCCAAGUUCAAGAUGCCGUCCUUUGGUGUGUCAGCGCCAAGCAAGGAUUUGGGAACAUCCGUGGAUGUGGAAGUGUCAAUGCCCAGUGUCAGAGCCGAGGCCACACUGGCCUCCCUGGGAAGGGAAGUGCAAGACCCAGAGGUUGCCGUCCAAGUGCCCACUGCUGGUACCGACCUCCCUGGGGAAGAGCUGGAGGUGUCCCUCCCCGAGGGAGAGGUGGCUGUGUCCGGGCUGAAGGACAAAGCAGAAGGGGUCAAGAUCAAGGGCCAGCUGCCCAAAGUGCAGUUGCCGAGCCUCAAGAUGCCCAAGGUGGACAUCAAGGCCCCCCAGGUGGACAUCAAGGGGCCCAAACUGGACCUGAAGGGCGCCAAAGGGGAGGUGAGUGCCUCUGACGUGGAAGUGUCCCUGCCCAGCGUCGAGGUGGACGCCCAGGUACCUGACGCCAAGUUGGAGGCUGACCUGUACCUAGGAGACAAGGAGGUGGCUGGCAGAGACAGCAAGUUCAAGAUGCCCAAGUUCAAGAUGCCGUCCUUCGGCACGUCGGGGUCAAGCAAGUCCUUGGAGGCCUUUGUGGACCCGUCCCUGCCCAAGGUACAGGCUGAGGUUUCCAUGCCUUCUAUCCAGACCGACGUCAAGACCAGUGACGUGACCAUUGAGCUGCCAUCUGCCGACCUAGACAUCAAGACUGCCUCGGUGGGCCUGAAGCUGCCUGAGGGUCAAAUGUCCGAGAGGGAGCUCCAGGAACCCUUGGCUGCAGGCGGACUCAGAGGACACCUGCCCAAGGUGCAGAUGCCCAGCAUCAAAACGCCCAAAGUGGACUUCAAGGACCCCCAGGUGGACAUCAAGGGACCCAAACUGGAUCUGAAGGGCGCCAAAGGGGAGGUGAGCGCCACCAACGUGCAGGCAUCCCUACCCACCUUGGAGGUGGACACCCAGGUGCCCGGUGCCAAGGUGGAAGCUGACCUGUCCAUGGGAGACAAGGAGGUGGCCGACAGAGACAGCAAGUUCAAGAUGCCCAAGUUCAAGAUGCCGUCCUUCGGCGCGUCGGCUCCAAGCAAGGAUUUGGGAACAUCCAUGGACGUGUCCCUGCCCAAGGUAGGAGCCAAGGCAACACUGCCCUCCCUGGGAGGAGAGAUGCAAGCCCCAGAUGGUGCUGUCCAAAGGCCCGCUGCUGAUAUUGACCUCCCUGGGGGAGAGCUGCAGGUGUCCCUCCCCGAGGGAGAGGUGGCUGUGUCCGAGCUGAAGGGCAAAGCAGAAGGGGUCAAAUUCAAGGGCCAGCUGCCCAAAGCACAGAUGCCCAGCCUGAAGAUGCCCAAGGUGGACAUCAAGGCCCCCCAGGUGGAUGUCAAGGCCCCCCAGGUGGACAUCAAGAGGCCCAAACUGGACCUGAAAUGCACAAAAGGGGAGGUGAGCUCCCCCGACACGGUGGUGUCCCUGCCCAGAGUGGAGGUGGACGCCCAGGUGCUUGGCACCAAGGUGGAGGCUGACCUGUCCCUGGGAGACAAGGAGGUAGCCACCAGAGACAGCAAGUUUAAGAUGCCCAAGUUCAAGAUGCCGUCCUUCGGCGCUUCGGUGCCAAGCAAAGAUUUGGGAACAUCCAUGGACAUGUCGGUGCCCAAGGUCGGAGCCGAGGCCACACUGCCCUCCCUGGGAGGGGAGGUGCGAGCCCCAGAAGGUGCCGUCCAAGCGCCCAUUGCUGAUAUCAACCUCCCGGGGGGAGAGCUGGAGGUGUCCCUCCCCGAGGGAGAGGUGGCUGUGUCUGGGCUGAAGGGCAAAGAAGAAGGAGUCAAGAUCAAGGGCCAGCUGCCCAAAGUGCAGAUGCCGAGCCUCAAGAUGACUAAGGUGGACAUCAAGGCCCCCCAGGUGGACAUCAGGUUCCCCCAGGUGGACAUCAAGGGGCCCAAACUGGACCUCAAGGGCACCAAAGGGGAGGCAAGUGCCCCGGACAUGGACAUGUCCCUGUCCAGCAUGGUGCUGGACGCCCAGGUUCCUGGCGCAAAGCUGGAGGCUGACCUGUUCCUGGGAGACAAGGAGUUGGCUGCAAGAGACAGCAAGUUCAAGAUGCCCAAGUUCAAGAUGCCGUCCUUCAGUGCGUCAGGGCCAAGCAAGUCCUUGGAAGCCCCUGUGGACACAUCCCUGCCCAAGGUACAGGCUGAGGUUUCCAUGUCCUCUAUCCAGGCUGACGUCAAGACCUGUGACAUGACCAUUGAGCUGCCAUCUGCCAACCUAGAUGUCAAGACUGGGUUGGUGGGCCUGAAGAUCCCUGAGGGCCAAGUGCCCAAGGGGGAGUGCCAGGAAACCUCGGCUACAGGCAGACUCAAAGGGCACCUGCCCAAGGUGCAGAUGCCCAGCAUCAAAAUGCCCAAAGUGGACUUCAAGACCUCCCAGGUGGACAUCAAGGGGCCCAAACUGGACCUGAAGGGCGUCAAAGGGGAGGUGAGUGCUCCCGAAGUGGAGGUGUCCCUACCCACUGUGGAGGUGGAUGCCCAGGUGCCCUGCACUAAGGUGGAAGCUGACCUGUCCAUGGGAGACAAGGAGGUGGCCACCAGAGACAGCAAGUUCAAGAUGCCGUCAUUUGGCAUGUUGGCACCUAGCAAGGGUUUGGGAACAUCCGUGGACAUUUCGGUACCCAAGGUCAGAGCUGAAGCCACACUGCCCUCCCUGGGAGGAGAGGUGCGAACCACAGAGAGUGCCAUCCAAGUGCCCACUGCUGAUAUCGACCUCCCAGGCGGAGAGCUGGAGGUGUCCCCCCCCGAAGGAGUGGUGGCUGUGUCCAGGCUGAAGGGCAAAGAAGAAGGGGUCAAGAUCAAGGGCCAGCUCCCCAAAGUGCAGUUGCCCAGCCUCAAGAUGCCCAAGGUGGACAUCAAGGCCCCCCAGGUGGACAUCAAGGGGCCCAAACUAGACCUGAAGGGCGCCAAAGGGGAGGUGAGCACCCCCGACGUGGAAGUGUCCCUACCGAGCGUGGAGGUGGACGUCCAGGUGUCCAGCGCCAAGGUGGAGGCUGACCUGUCCGUGGGAGACAAGGAGGUGGCAGCCAGAGAUAGCAAGUUCAAGAUGCCAAAGUUCAAGAUGCCAUCCUUCGGCAUGUCAGUGCCAAGCAAGUCCUUGGAAGCCUCUGUGGACACGUCCCUGCCCAAGGUCCAGGCUGAGGUUUCCAUGCCCUCUAUCCAGGCCGACGUCAAGUCCAGUGACGUGACCAUUGAGCUGCCAUCUGCCGACCUAGACAUCAAGACUGCCUCGGUGGGCCUGAAGCUCCUUGAGGGCCAAGUGCCCGAGGGGGAGCUCCAGGAACCCUCAGCCUCAGCCGGACUCAAAGGGCACCUGCCCAAGAUGCAGAUGCCCAGCAUCAAAAUGCCCAAAGUGGACAUCAAGGCCCCCCAGGUGGACAUCAUGGGGCCCAAACUGGACCUGAAGGGUGCCAAAGGGGAGGUGAGCACCCCCGACGUGGAGGUGUCUCUACCGAGCGUGGAGGUGGACGCCCAGGUGUCCAGCGCCAAGGUGGAGGCUGACCUGUCCGUGGGAGACAAGGAGGUGGCCGCCAGAGACAGCAAGUUCAAGAUGCCCAAGUUCAAGAUGCCGUCCUUUGGCGCGUCGGCGCCAAGCAAGGAUUUGGGAACAUCUGUGGACGUGGACGUGUCGGUGCCCAAGGCCGGAGCCGAGACCACACUGCCCUCCCUGGGAAGGGAGGUGCGAGCCCCAGAGGGUGCCAUCCAAGUGCCCACUGCUGAUACCGACCUCCCUGGGGAAGAGCUGGAGGUGUCCCUUCCCGAGGGAGAGGUGGCUGUGUCUGGGCCGAAGGGCAAAGCAGAUGGGGUCAAGAUCAAGGGCCAGCUGCCCAAAGUGCAGAUGCCGAGCCUCAAGAUGCACAAGGUGGACAUCAAGGCCCCCCAGGUGGACAUCAAGGGGCCCAAAGUGGACCUGAAAGGCGCCAAAGGGGAGGUGAGCACCCCCGACGUCGAGGUGUCCCUGCCCAGUGUGGAGGUGAGCGCCCAGGUGUCCGGUGCCAAGGUGGAGGCUGGCCUGUCCCUGGGAGACAAGGAGGUGGCCGCCCGAGACAGCAAGUUCAAGAUGCCCAAGUUCAAGAUGCCAUCCUUCGGCGCGUCGGUGCCAAGCAAGUCCGUGGAAGCCUCUGUGGAUGCGUCCCUGCCCAAGGUCCAGGCUGAGGUUUCCAUGCCCUCUAUCCAGGCUGACGUCAAGUCCAGUGACGUGACGAUUGAGCUGCCAUCUGCCGACCUAGACAUCAAGACUGCCUCGGUGGACCUGAAGCUCCUUGUGGGCCAAGUGCCCGAGGAUGAGCCUCAGGAACCCUUGGCCGCAGCCGGACUCAAAGGGCACCUGCCCAAGGUGCAGAUGCCCAGUAUCAAAAUGCCCAAAGUGGACUCCAAGGCCCCCCAGGUGGACAUCAGGGGGCCCUUACUGGACCUGAAGGGUGCCAAAGGGGAGGUGAGCACCCCCAACGUGGAGGUGUCCCUGCCCAGCGUGGAGGUGGACGCCCAGGUGCCUGGCACCAAGAUGGAGGCUGACCUUUCCCUGGGAGACAAGGAGGUGGCCGCCAGAGACAGCAAGUUCAAGAUGCCGUCCUUCGGUGCGUCGGUGCCAAGCAAGUCCUUUGAUGCCUCUGUGGACGUGUCCCUGCCAAAGGUACAGGCUGACGUUUCCAUGCCGUCCAUCCAGGCCGACGUCAAGACCAGUGACGUGACCAUUGAGCUACCAUCUGCCCACCAAGAUGUCAACACUGCCUCGGUGGGCUUGAAGCUCCCUGAGGGCCAAGUGCCCGAGUGGGAGCUGCUGGAACCCUCAGCCGCAGCCGGACUCAAAGGGCACCUGCCCAAGGUGCAGAUGCCCAGCAUCAAAAUGCCCAAAGUGGACUCCAAGGCCCCCCAGGUGGACGUCAAGGGGCCUAAACUGGACCUGAAGGACGCCAAAGGGGAGGUGAGCGCCCCUGACGUGGAGAUGUCCCUGCCCACCGUGGAGGUGGAUGCCCAGGUUCCUGUUGCCAAGCUGGAUUCAUCCUCUGGGGAGGUUGAAGUGUUUUCCAAAGCAACUAAGUUUAAAUUUCCUAAAAUCAGCAUUUCCUCCUCUCGAACCUCCCCCAAGUCAGGACAUGGGGGGUCCCUGGGGACGCCUGUGGCUUCCGUGGAGACUUCCCUGCAGGUGUCCAGGCUGGGCUGGCUCAGUGGUCCCCAUGGGGAAUCGUCCUGCCUCAGUCCCAGUGAGGGUGUCACACUUACAAAAUACCAGGUGACUGUCCCCAGAGGCCCCGUCCCUUCCGAGCUGCCUUGUGAAACCCCAUCUGGGUCCCAGUUGCACGCUCAGCUUCCCAGCAUGGCAGGUGCAGGCGACCUCCCCUCCAGUGAGAGCAUUCUACUGUCCCAGCCUGACGGUCACACGAGCCCCGCGGACACUGUAUUUCCCGAAUCUUAUGGCCGGGUGACUUUUCCUAAAUUUCAUCGACCAAAGUUCCGACUGUCACUGCCAACAUCAGCCGCUGCAGUGGUGGAGCCUGGAGCUGCCGAGCGUGCGCCCCCCACGUCCCCACCACUCGCUGCACAGGGACUGGACUCCUCCGUGGAGGAAGCCACGGCGUUCCCAGUGCCAGAGGGUCAUCUGCCACCUGCAGGUGUCUCUGCGUCCACGGCAGCGGAGGGACAGGCAGGCACUGCGGGGACGUCAGCAGUGGCCCCAGAGGAAGCCCCAGCUGAAGGUGUGGGGCGCAAGGGCAAAGGCAGGCCCGUGACAGCCCCGAGGCUCAAGCUUCCCUCCUUCAGCUGGUCCCCGAAGAAGGGGGCGGAGCCCAAAGCAGACCCUGGACACAGCCCGGCUGUCACUGCAGAUGCUCUGGGCAGCCCGCCCGGGGGUCCCAUUACACCUGCAGAAGCUGGUGCGGAUGUGUCUCUCGGGAAGGACGGAGAGGCGGGAGCAGUCAGGACACCAGCCCUUGCCCAGAUGAAGGUCGCACCUCCCGGAAUGGAGGCUUCCACACGGGGGGCCGGCCUGCCCCGGGGAGACCCAGUCCUGGCCCUUGCCGGCCCCACAGACACGGCCAGUGGUAAGGGCGGUGUUGGAGGUGCUGGCACAGCCACAGGCCCCCCAGAAGGAGCAGAUGUGAGCCUCCACCUCCCGGAGGCCCCUGUUCCCAGCGCGGGCUUUGUCAAACCUGACCUCAGCCCCGGGGAUGCCACGGUAGAGGGGAGCCUGUCUACAGGCCACCUUCCUCUUCCCAAACACGGCCUGUCUCUCAGGGACAGCACCCAAGAGCACGGGCCUGGGGACAGCUCAGCAAGCCAGCUCUGUGGGGACAUGACGGCCUCCUCGGUGGAAGACCCCCUUCAGCCAUCCCCAGCGGUGGGGAGCCCAGAGAGGGAUGCAGCCGUGGGAGAAGCGCCAGCGGGCCCCAGGGAGAGCUGGUUUAGGAUGCCCUCACUCCGUCUGCCCAGCUUCGGACGCCCCCCCAAAGAGCGGGUGGACUCUGCAGGGCUGGGGGCUCAGAGGCCCGCGCCGGUGACGGCUGGUGUGCAAGGGGAAGGAGAGGCCACGGCUGGGAGGCAGAGUCCGGAUGCCUGUGCACCUGCGUCGGAGGUGGACGCUGCUAAGUCCCUGCAGCCCCCCGAGGCUGGUGCAGAUGGGGCAGCUGUAGGCAGCCCGGCUUCCUCCUAUGCAGAUGUUCUUCGGAGGAAUCUUGAUCCUCACGCCCCUGCGGGGCCAUCAGCUUCCGAGGUCAGGGUCCGGCCGGGUGCAGGCUCCCUGCCCCUCCAGCUGCAUGGGGUGCUUGCAGAGCCCCGCGGCCCUCCAGGAGAAGCAGGUGAGCCCCCUCUUCCUGGACCAGCAGGCCAGGGCCUGGGCAGAAGGGCCCAGGGGGCCGAGGGGCCGCCUUCCCAGCCUGAGGGCCCUGUCAGACUGAGGGCUUCCAGUACGGAUGUGCCAUCCCAGGUUUCCGUAGUCAACGUGGGUCAAGUCUGGGAAGACUCUGUGCUACGUGUCCAGUUCCCCAAGUUAAAGGUACCGAGGUUCAGCUUCCCGGCCCCCAGCUUGGAGGCUGACAUUUUCGUGCCCAGUGUGAGAGAGCUGUCAUCCUGCCCGCAGAGCGGUCCUGACACAGCCCUGCUGGAACAAAGCCCUGGCGGGCGGGGCACCAGCAUCCCGAAGGCCCCCGUGGCCCUCGGCCUCUCCUCGGAAGCUGCCCCCAUUUGUAAGGUCAGAGUGCACAUUCAGGGCGCGGAGGCUGCCAGCCGCAAGGUGGCCGUGCACAGCACGGUGACCGCCGGGUACACCGAGCUCUCGGGGCCCGAGGCCUUUCCCACCCAGAUCGUGCAGGAGUCAGAGGUCCCUGCAUCAGAGACCCAAACACCUUCCUGUGGGUUUUCCUUGCUAAAGGGGAGGGUCCCAGAACCCCCCCCUCGGGCGCGGGUGCACCUGGUGACCGCAGAGUGCGGGCUGGGGGAGCGCCUUCGAGAGGCUCAGGAACCCAUCCCAGGAGCAGACCCCGUUUCUGGAGACCUCCAGCCUGACACCGGAGAGCCUUUUGAAAUUAUCUGUCCCAAUGUAGACGUGCCGGGACCGCCAGCGUGUUCAUCUGACCUUCACUCUGGCCAUGGGCCUGCCGACAGCUGUUCUGACGAGGAGCCCGCGGAAAUCCUCGAAUUCCUGCCGGAGGAGGGCCAGGAGGCAGAGGAGGCCGAGGCUCCCAAAGCAAAACCUGAAGGGAAAAGGUCCUCUGGUCUGUUCCGGUUUUGGCUCCCGAGCAUUGGGUUUUCUUCCUCGGCCUCCGAGACAAGUGCCGAUUCCCAAGCCGAUGCCCAGAGACCGGCUCCUGUGCAGACCCAGCCCGAGGCGCGGACCCCUCCCUCGCAGGAGAAGGGGGGCUGGUUCCGAUUUCCUAAGUUGGGGUUCUCCUCCUCCCCUACCAAGAAAAGCAAAAGUGAGGAAGAGGAGGUGAGUCUGGCCGAGCAGAGUCUCCAAGAGGAGGCAGGUACCUUCUACGACGCACGAGAAAGCUUCUCCCCGGAAGAGACAGGAGCAGGGGAGCUGGCGGAGGCCGCGGGCGCCAGGCGGGGCUCCGGGACCAUGGUGACCUCCGCGGCGAGAACCGAGCUGAUCCUGCUGGAGCAGGACGGAGCCGCCAGCCAGCAGUCUGCACCCAGGCCCGCCACCAAAUGA